AUGGUAGAUCUCACAUCUGCUAGCACUGAUUCAGCUAGCACUACUUCAUCUGGAAUUGAUACGGGAAGUCAUUUUUACAUUCAUCCCUCAGAUAGUCCUGGUGCAGUGCUUGUACCUGUUCCUUUUAAUGGCACUGGAUUUCACUCUUGGCGCCGUAGUGUACUUCGAUCUUUGUCGGUGAAGAACAAGCUAGUCUUCAUCAAUGGUGAGUGUAAGAAACCAGAUGCAAAUCAUUCCACUUAUUGUCAAUGGGUGAGGUGCGACGAUAUGGUUACCUCUUGGAUUCUCAAUUCUCUAAGUCGAGAUAUUGCAGACAGUGUUGAGUAUGUCAAUGAUGCUCUGGAACUGUGGACAGAACUGGAGGAUCGUUAUGAUCAAACAAAUGGAGCAAAAUUGUAUCAGACUCAGAAGGAAAUUAAUGAUCUUAAUCAAGGUAUUCUCGAUAUCACUACAUACUAUACUCGCAUGAAAAAGCUUUGGGAAGAGCUGAACAAUUUAUGUGUUUUAAGUCAGUGCAAUUGUGUAUGUGUGUGUGGAGCUAAGGCUAAUAUUCAUAAGGCAGAACAAGAUAGACGUCUGAUUCAGUUUCUCAUGGGUUUGAAUGUGGUGUAUACCACAAUUAGGGGAAGUAUUUUGAUGAUGAAUCCCUUACCUUCUAUGGCACAAGCUUUUGCAUUGUUAGUGCAAGAGGAGAAACAAAGGGAAUUCAAGCCCAACAACAACCAAAUGUUUGCUGAAAGUAGUUCCCUCAUAGCGAGUUCAUCAGGUUCAGGAGGAAGAAAUUUUCAAACAAAUUAUUCUGUUCCCAACACAACACCUAGAGGGAGACCUUUUUGUGAAUUCUGUAGAAGGCCAGGUCACAUUAAAGACAAAUGCUACAAGCUACAUGGUUACCCAUCUGGUGGCACGCCUACAAAUUCUUUUAAUUCCCAAACCUCAAACAAUUAUGGUACAAACCAGCAUCAGAAAGCUCCUAAUCGUGAUCAGUANAAUUUCUGA